AUUUAAUUUCUUUAGCUAUUUCUGUUAAGUUUGCCAAAGGGCGAAACUAUAAAAAUCAACGAAGUGGCAGACUGACAGUAUAAGUGUUAAGUUCUGUAACGUUUUACAGUUGUGCCUGUACUAUUAUAGCGUUUGGUUAAUCCGUGUUGACCAGUAUGACAUACCGUAAUAUUCCCUAGCCUUUCAGAUCGUACAAUCGUUAUUGGAGAAAUCGUGUCUUCAAAGGUUGAAUCGAUGACUGUAAAAAACUGACAUUUUUUUCUGGAUACAGAGAUCGUAACAGCUUGAGCUACUCAUCCUGUGUAAGAUAAAACCUUCGGACAAUCAAAAGAUUAGCAAGAUGAUAUUUGGUAGAUUGACUUUCUUUCAAAUGGUUGCAAUGACUUUCUUGGGAGUUGCUGGAGGAGUAUACGUGUACAAGCCCAUCUUUGAACAGUAUACCAAAGACCAAAAACUUUUGAAAGAAAAUGAACAAGCAACUCAAGCAGAAAAGCCUAAAGAAAAUCUGGAAAGUAAAGCAGAUUGUGGGUGCCAUCACUGAAAUGACUUCUUAUGAGAGCCAAUUAAUGACCUUGGCUCAUGCCUGUGAUGUGGGCAAGUCAUUGAAGAAAUUAGUUUGCAUCAGAACAAUCUGAUUUUCUAGUAUUUGGUAUCACAUAAUAACAAGAAGUCAGUAACAGAAACAAAACAUGAAAAGCUGUCCAUCCUCCUUUUCUUUCACCAACCACAGUGUUUUGUAAUGCCAGCUGUUAUUUCUUAUAUUUUUAGGGUCAGCCAUUUUAAGUUAUUUUACCAUUUUUGGUUAAUCGGUAGUCUGUCCACCUACACACACACACACACACACACACACACACACACACACACACACACACACACACACACAGUAUUCCAUACUGUCUAAGAAAAGGACUUCUACGUAGAACUUCCUUGAAAUUGCCUCACAAUAAGCCUAAGAACAUUUCUAGGCACAGUAAUUCAGUAGUAAGACCUUUUGUUACAAUUCUAGACUCUGAGGACAAUCAUUGUGAGGAGUUGCUUCAUUUUCUUUGCCUGAGUUUUUUCUAAGUACUACAUUUUCCAGCCACCUACUAAAAACACACUGGUAAACUGUGUGUGUGUGGGUGUGUGUGUGUGUGCUUAUGCAUCUAUACAUACACACUCGCGCACAGUCUGAGUACUUGAGUUAUAGCUGAAAAGGGCCCAUAGACCACCCAAUUAACAGAUCCUAAACAAAUGUAUCUGUAAUCAUGCGCUGUGCUUAAAAUUCCUAAUUCUGUACUGUUAAUUUUCUUUUCCUUCUUAUCUACAGUUCUACAACCUUGGUGCAGUUUGCCAGUGUUCAUUUUUCUUAAAUCCAUUACUCCUGAUAAUAAUGAAAUAAUUUAUUCAUAAUUUAUUAAAUGUGCAGUAAUAUACCCAUCCGUUGUCAUAUUAAUAAUAAUAACGCAGUAUUCCCAUAUGUACAAUGACACAGCCAAGUGUUUAUCUUGCGUAAGUUGAUUAAGUGUAACUUGUCAGUUCAGUAAAAAAUAGAAAAGACCUUCUUCCGUAGAGACAUGAAUAUGUUUAGUGAUUUUUCCCAGUACUUCAUUUGUGUGCAGUAGGCAAGAGAUUUGGCAUAUCAGUUUUGCCCUGUACUACUUCAGGGAUUAUCUCUAGUGGAGUAUGUGCUUGUCCAGAAGACUGAAACAAGUUUGCAUUGCAUGUGUUUUCUCAUCUAUCCAGUUUAACAGUUAGUCUCUGAGGUAGGUGAAAACUGUUUGUGCUGUGAAAUAAUGCCAAAUUUAGAUUUUUAAAGCUGUUAUGUUUUAUUAUAUUUUAUGCAUGCUAGAGACAGUAGGAUGUGUUUAAUCGUACAUAAAACUGGUUUUACAUAACAGUGAUAGGGAUUUGUGCCACACUGGUAUUGAAAUAUCACUUUGUAUUUGAAGUAUAAAGUGACUAUUUUAAUAAAAGCUUCAUCCAGUAUUGUAUAAUCAAUUUGACAAAGACUUUUUCUUACAAAAGAUACAGUGGCUGCAAUGUGUGUGCAUGGAUGAAUGCCUUGCUCCUCUGUGUAAUUCUACAGCACUAGAAAUGUCAUUGUCCAUAAAUUGCUUAAGGUGGCUAUAUUAAGGAAUCCAGUAAUAUGUAACUUUGUUUCUGUGUGUUUGUACAGCUGCAUUUUAACAAACACAGUCUUUAUUUCUGGGUACAAAUGAAUGCUACACCUAAAAUAGUUUAUCUGAUCAGUGGUUGGUAUUUGCUGGAGUCAUCAUGUAUGUUUAAAAAAAAUAAAAUGAUGUACCAUC